GAGAGAAAGAGAGCGAGAGAGAGAGGAAGGGAGGGACAGGGCCGCUCUCGCAGGAGGAAAACAGACGAAGAGAGGAAGAGAGCGUGAGAGAACAAGUGAAAGAGCGAGAGAGAGAGGAAACAGAGUGUUACCGUCCACCGAAGGGACAGCCAAACUAGCUUAGGAGCGAGCGCGCGCGCGAGAGUGUGUGAGUGAGACGACGAGAAGGCAAGAGGGCACCGGCAGCCCCGACUGGGUCUUGGAUUACAGGAGUGCAUUAAGGGAGUAACGCUCACGUUCCACCGCCGGAGAGACAGAUAGACAUAGAGAGAGAGAGAGAAAGAAAGAAAGAAAGGGCAAGUCAGCAAUCCACUGCCCUCUCCUCCCCUGUCCUGUCCUGCGUCGCCUCUGCGCCUCUACUCGCUGACCGGCUCUCUGCCCUCCUCCCUGCCCGCUGCCCCGGCUGUGCCAGGGCUGCCGGCGGGGCACAGGGGGCAAAGCCCCGAGGGGCACAGGACUAUGGGACACGGUGCCAGUGCAGAGACAUUGGCACAGCAACCGGCGGCUGUCCUCAACCACGAUGAUGAAGUCGACCAGCAGCAUGGCACGGCGGGCAGCAAUGGAGGUCACCCGGGAGACGUCCCGACCAAGAGCAAGGGCAAGUUCUCCAGCUUCGGCAAGAUCUUCAAGCCCUGGAAGUGGAGGAAGAAGAAGAGCAGCGAGAAGUUCAAGGAGACUUCUGAAGUGCUGGAGAGGAAGAUCUCCAUGAGGAGGUCCAGGCAGGAGCUGAUUGAGCGGGGUGUUCUGAAAGAUAUCCCUGAAAACGAAACAAACAAUGCCAACCACUCCAAGGGGCCGCCAUCAACCAAGAACGGCCAUGCCAUGGUUGGCGACCGUGACCGGGAACGGGAACGUGACCGAGAUCGGGAUCGGGAUGACCGGUCCUCGGUGUUCGGGGGCUCAGAACCGGCCCGUGUCAAUCCCACCUGGCUCUCCCAGGACGAGCGCAAGAGCAGCCUGGUCCCCGAGCCGGACCGCCACAGCCUGCUGCCCCCCGCCGACGAGCGCCGCGGGCGCACCCCGUCAGACGCCGCCUCCGAGCGCAAGAGACGGGCGCCGCCGCCGCUGGACGUGGACGCCCGCAUGCGCAUCCACUCGGACAUGGACCUGCCCAGCCGCAUCGGCGGGAUCCAGGACGGCGAGGACGGGAGACGGGCCGCAUCUCUCCCCCGCGGGGGCCCCGGCCUGGAGGACGGACGCACCAGGAGGGACGAGCGGAAAGAGGACAGGAGAGACGAGCGCAGAGAGAGAGACGACAGGAGGGACGACAGAAGAGAUGACCGAAGAGAUGACCGCAAGGACGACAGACGAGAAUGGAGGGAUGAGAGGAAAGAGGACAGGAGAGAUGAGAGAAAAGACGAGAGAAAAGAGGACAGGAGAGAUGAGAGAAAAGAGGACAGGAGAGACGAGAGAAAAGAGGACAGGAGAGAUGAGAGGAAAGAGGACAGGAGAGAUGAGAGGAAAGAGGACAGGAGAGACGACCGUAGAGACGAUCGGGGAAGGAGGGACGACCGCGACGAGAGAGACCGACGAGCAGACCGGAGGGAGGAGCAGGACCCUCGAUACCGACGCCGAGACGAGCGCUCGGACAGAGACGACCGGGACCGACGAGAUCCCCGAGGAGAACGAGAGGAGCGGGACCGAGACCGACGGGAGGAUAGAGAGCGACGAGACGAACGAGAGCGAACGAGAGAGGAGCCCGAGAGGCGGGAAGAGAGCGAGAGAAGAGAGGACCGAAGGGACGAGAGGGACAGGAAGGACUGGAGAGGAGAGAGGGAUGAGCGCGAGAGGAGAGGAGAGAGGGAUAGAAGAGACGAGAGGGAGAGGAAGGAGCCGCGGAGGCCGCACUCUGAGAUGGACCCCAGGCCCGGCCUGCAGAAGAGCGCCUCGGAGGAGGGCCAGAGGCAGAGGCCGGCCUCGGAGGCUGACCGCAGGACCACGCUGCCCCGACACAUGGCCAUCGCCGAGGAACCCAGGGAACGCUCAGGGUCGCUUGGCGUGCGCUUUGUUCCUGAGCCCAACCCUGGACCUGGACGCGACUCCCUGAAGGACCCUGCGGGGGGUCAGCACCCUCCCAAGCAGGCCAUGCUGCCGCCCAAGUGGCUGAUGUCGUCCAGCGACCAAACGGGCACGCCCCCCGGUUCCUCCGCCUCUUCGGCCUCCUCCUCAUCCUCCUCGUCCUCCGCACCCCCCAUCGCCAAGCCCCCGCCACGCACCGUGUCUCUGCUGCUGCCCAGCGAUGCCCCCACUCCCACCCCGCCCCCGCACGCAGGCGAUCAGGACGCCCCCCCUCCUUCUUCUGCCCCUGUGCCCGCUGCUGUGCCCAUCCCUGCCUCCCAUCCCAAACAGCCCCCGGUGCCCCCGCCCAAACCCACCAAUCGCAACAGCAACCCCGCCCUGCUAGCCGCCACUCUGAACAGACGGGCGAAUGCCCGGCCCCCUUUCUGCUGGACCAGCUGGCGUCGCCAGGGUGAGGGCGGGGUCUACCUGUCUCUGCCUGCCUACCUGUGCCGCAGGGGCAUGCCCCCAAACUCUGCAGCGGAGUUGUCUCAGGCGGCCGGAGGCGCCAACCUGCUGCCCGUCAAGCGCUCGCCGCCCACUCCGCCCAAGAGGACGACGCCGGUCACCAAGCGCCACUCCGAGGAGCCGCCCGCCGCCCCGGCCAAUCAGAGCGAGAGCUCGUCUUCGGCACCGCCCCCCUUCGUGCCCGUCCCCGCCCCCUCCGCCGUUGCUGAGGACGGAGUUCCGUCUCCUCCGGCCUUCUCGCCCCCGCCGGUCCACAUACCCCCGUCUCCGCCCCGCGUCCACUUCCUGCCCCAGCCCCCGGCCAAACCUGCCCCCGCCCCCGCUGCCCCUCAGGUGAGCGUGACCGCGGACCCCCCCAGCCCCACCACGGAGCCCCCCAGCCAGCCGCCGCUCCCCCUGCACCUGCUGAUCGCGCGGGCGCUGGCCAGCCCAGGCCCCGCCGUGCCCAACCCCGACGGCUCCCAGCGCGCCCACUCGCUGCUCUUCGACAAGCCGCCCGACAUCCUGCUGGAGGCAGGCGGACGCCACUCGCUGCCCAUCACCAUCGAGCCCCUCAGGCUGCCUGAGGACGAUGACUUUGACAUGGAGGAGGAGCUGCGUAAGGAGGAGCUGCGUAAGCAGCAGCGUUGGGCCCAGGCGCCGCGCCACCCCUUCCAGCCGGCCCUGGAGCCGCGCAGCCGCCGCGGCAUGGUGGAGGACCCCCGCGUCACCGUCAUCCCCGAGAGCGCCGGCCCCGGCGACAGCGACGAAGAGGAGGAUGACGAAGAGCGCGUGGACGAGGAGGAGGAGACCGACUCGGACGGACCUAUCCUCUACAGGGACGACGACGAUGAUGACGAUGAGGAUGUGCCCAAAGGUGGCCUGGCGGACCGUGUGAAGCGGAAGGACACUCUGGCUCUGAAGCUGGAGAAGCAGCAGCAGCAGCUGCAGGACCCCAAUCAGGAGAACAGCAACGGAUGGAGGAACCGCGAGCAGUGGGAGGCCGUCCGCAGCAAGAUCGGCACUGCACUCACACGGAGGUUAAGUCAGAGACCCACCGCUCAGGAGCUGGAGCAGAGGAACAUUCUGCCUGCCAUGAACGAGGAGGACCGGCGGCUGGAGAGAAGUGAGAUCAAACGCAGACUCACCAGGAAGCUGUCCCAGAGGCCAACUGUCGCCGAGCUGCAGGCCAGGAAGAUCCUGCGCUUCAAUGAGUACGUGGAGUGUACCGACGCCCACGAUUACGACCGGCGCGCGGACAAACCCUGGACCAAGCUCACGCCCGCAGACAAGGCUGCCAUCAGGAAAGAGCUCAAUGAUUUCAAGAGCACAGAGAUGGAGGUUCAUGAGGAGAGCAGGAUCUACACAAGGUUCCAUCGGCCAUAGAGUGUAACACAGCAUCACUGGAGGGUCCAGAGGCGUCCAGCCUCUUCACCUAUAACCCCUGCACCCGGGCCCACUGCCUCAAAGCCCUCUGGGAUACGAGGGUCCUCCAACCUCCCUGCCCACCUAACUAGACAAGGACUGUAGAAGACGACGAGUGGGACUUGGGACAAACCUGAAGGGGUGCACUGCCCACUUCACAUGGGCCAUUCGUAAGGAGUGGACUGCCGUCCCAGCCAGGGCACAAUCAGUGACCUCAUGGUUACUUAACUGGCCAUGGCCAACUCAAGCAUGUAAUCAGAGGGCCGAGGGCAGGAAGCACAUAGCAGAGUGGAGUAGAAUUCUGGGAAAUUGAGUCCAUUGUUGUGCCCAUUACUGUGAUACUGUUGUUGCAAGUCAGCCCUGUUUCUUAUGCAAGACUACACCAUUCAAGUGGCCUUGGUCUGUUUUUCGAUGACAUUUAACGAUAAUUUGCAGUCAUUUUACUGAGGAAUCUGGAAUACCUGUGAAUGUGCUGAUAGCUAUGAUGAUGAUUUGCUGGUCUACUGACGAUUGCAGUAAGGAGUCAAUGAGAAUGUGAUACAAGCUGUGUGACUGUAUGUGCAAGAGUGUGUGUGUAUGUGCAAGAGUGUGUGUGUUUGUGUGUGUGUCUGUUUGUGUUUGAGAGAAAGAGAGACUGUCUUGUGUAUUUACUGCAUCUCUGCCUUAUCUGCUGUCUGACACGGUAUCCACCCGGUCCCUGUUACUGACUUUCAGACACACACCAUACUGAACUGGAUAACAGCCUUUAGAUUAGAGAGAGCAGCAGUACUGCAUUGUCAGUGGCAUAGCACUACACCCACAACACAAGACUAGCCACCAGCAGUCAGGCACUGCAGUUCAGAGCAAGCUCUCACAUGGAGCACUGGAAUGGUUCUAGAGUCUCGGUACUGUACUGGUACUAUUGUACUGACCUGUUCUAGGUCAGUUCCACUGAUGGCCUGGCCCCUGACACCUCCAGAUACAUUACGUACAACUUUCAUUACUGACCAGCGUCUCGGAUCGCACAGAUUGUCUGCAGUCAGAUCAGGGCCGGGUCAGUACCAGGUGAGGUGCAGAUGCAGGUGACCUCUGGGGUCCAUGAACUUGUGUUUAUUUAGCGAAAGUCUAUUUCUUGCCUGUCACAUGACGCGCUCCGGCCAAUCAGGUGCUCCUGAUGAGCUGAGCCACUUGGGAAGUGAGAUUGUAGAUUCUAAAGGGGGUGGGGGAGGUGGUGGCGGUUUAGUAAGGCCACAGGUUAGCAUUAAAGACACUAAGGCUCCAUCCCAUUAUGUAGACUCGUAAUCUUGCACCCUCAAACUGUGCUUUAGGGUGUCACUCAUGACAUGUUGUCAUAGGCAGGGCAGUAAUAACAUCCCAUUUGUUUAUUCUUUCACCCCUUUAAUUCCUUAUACACUUACACCCUUGUUCAUCCCUCUAAUACUUAAUAAUUACGGUUCCUUGACUCUUCAAAGUGCCCUUUGAAGGGUGCAAGGCUGCAAGGGCAUGUAAUGGGAUGCUGCUUCUGCCUCUCACCACUGACAGGAAACAGACUCAUGGAGGCAUUUGGUUUUAUAACUGGUUGAUGGUACUUGGUGUUAACCAGUAGUAAGGUCCUCACAAUGUCCAGUGAAUAGACUCUAGAUUUCACUGAGCUGAUGUCUAUGUUGUCUUUUCUUUCUAAUGUUUAAAAAAAUGUUUUAAAUGUAAUUAAAAUGUUUCAAUAUGUUGUUUUAUAAGCACAAUGUUGACCAUAUUGAUACGGUAAUAACUGCAAUAUGACAGACUGGUUUAAAGAAAAAAAAGAUUUAUUUUAAUGUUGUAUAGUUUUUUACAUAAAGAAAUAUGUUUCAUCUACUAAUGAAUGGUCAAUCCACAACUGAAUUAAAAGUUUCAAAGACUU